AUGUAUCGACGGGUCUGUAAUCGCGUGCGUGGGCGUCGAUGGAGCUCCAGUGCCAAGUCUACAUCGUCCACUCCUCCUCCUGUUCCUCCUCCUUCUCCUGCUAUUACUGAUACUACUGUAGAGUCAACGAUGAAUGUCUCGUCUCGUAUUUCAACGCCUGGUAUGCUACGUGUGACCAAGGGAUACGGUGCUGACAAACACGAGGCGGAGCUAGACUCAACUCUUGCUCGCGUCAUUGGCUCUGAUUGGGGUGAUCGCUCGCAUCAGCCCGUGUCACUACCUAUGCGCAUGUAUUGGAUUGUCUUUACGGUUGUACUAGUCAAUGGCUUGUACACGUACUUUGGUGGUAAGGAUGAAUCGUUUCUAGUGGAGAAGCUCAAGAAAAAGGUGGACGAAAAGUUGGGCGUCCAGGAAGAAACGAACGAGCUUGUAGCUAUGAAUGAUGUACGUCAGAAGGACAGCUCAGCUGCUUUUCAGACUAUGCCAGCUCCUUCAAGUGAGGAGACGAUGGCGGUGAUGGCUCCACCAACGAUGCUGAACUCAAGUGUUGGAUCAUCUUGUUGGAUGCCAUUCCUUGUGCCGGGGAUGUCCAUGCAAAUGAAGACGAAUGCACGUCACUCUAUGUCGAAAGAAGAACUGGAGCAGCAACUCACACAGUUGCGAAUGAAUCAGAAGCGAUUGCAAAAGCAGAUUUGUAGCGUUGUAGGUGCUGCAAAGGACGAACUGGAACAUCAAGUGCGCAUGAUUGACAUACAAAAGGAGCAGGUUAAGCUGCAGAUCAAACGUCUGUAA